AUGAGAAGCACAGUAAGCUUCGAAGUCCACAACGAGCCUGAUCCAAUGAACACAGAGACCGUCCGUACGACCUCUGGGAUUGCUCUCACCCCCACCCCGAAUUUUGAUGGUACCUGGGAGUUCCUCUCCCUCCAAACCGGUCACACCGUCGUCCGUGGUGCAUGGACUGUCCUUCCAACGACCACCGACGUUAUCUUUGGUGUCAACGCCGAUGGAGAUCCGGAUGCUUUCCUCCAUGAGUGGCGGCCGAACGUUCCCAUCCUCGAUUUGGAUGAUGACCAGGUUGAUAUCGCGUUGCUCCCUCCCCCUGGAGGAGCGGUCCCCCAAAACGACGACCAAGACGAUUCGUCCAAUAACGACGACCAAGACAAUUCGUCUGCCUCUUCUGACGACGACCAAGCCGAUUCGUCCGAAGACAGCAAUGCUGAUGAUGACAAUGACGAUGAAGCUGACAGUGGCGAUGAUGACGACGGCGAUGAUGAUGACGGCAGCGACGCCCUAGAACAACCAAAUAGUAAUGACAAAGGUGCUCAAGAAGAGCACGCAGAAGAGCAGCACGAAAAUGAGACUGCGUUUUUGGUGGCGGAUUUGGAGGACGCAGCGGAACAUGACCCUAACGAGUCGACACAGCUACUGCAGACCCCAUUGACAUCGUUGCAUAACGAUAAUGAUACCAACGAAAACAACACCAAAGCUGACGUCACAGCGCGCAUGCAACGUGCAAUCAACCGAGCGGCGGCCAUAGAGUCCACGCCAUGGCGCAGCGUCCACUGGAUCAUGCCAUGA